GUCACCGAGAGUUGAGCUCCGGGCUCCGUAUCGUGAUCCUCGGCAAUCCGAGAGUGUCGAAAUAAUCGUGUUGUUCAAGUAUUUGGAUUUGUCACUGAAAACAAGCAAAGAGCGUGUAGCAUGUCUUGACAAGUACAAGAGAGGUCUUUAAAACCGGAGUCACAGCAGUGCAAGGGUUCAUCACUAUGGCGAUUGGUCAACAACUUCCGGAGCAGUACACAGUACCACCACUGGCUAAGAUAUUUCACAGUUUACCACACCUCAACGUAUCUCUUCACUCUGUCAACAACACAUUCAAUCCACGCUCUGAGAUAUAUCUCGAGAGCCUUGGAAUACUGGGAAGUCUGCCUGCCGCCUGGCUGAUCCUAACACUUCUGGUGCUGCUGGUGUACCUAGUGACACGAUGCUGCGACCGAAAGCCUCGUCCAAGGAGAUCGAUAACCCUGCUGAAGUGCUCCCUAGCAAUCCUAGCGAUUCUGUGCUCAGGAGCAGUGGCAGUGGGUCUCUACGGCAAUGACGACGUGCACAACGGUGUAGUGCAUCUGCUGGAUGCAGCUAAACAGGUGGACGGCAGUGUGAUAUCCGUGAAAAAUCAGACAGACACGAUCGAGACAAUCCUGAAGAAGAAGCUCGAUCCAGGGUUGACAUCGCUGCGAGAUGAUUUCGAUGCCCCAGUGAGCAACAAAACAGCUGUGGAUUAUCUGCUGAAGGUGUGGGACUACAUGACCCAGAACACGACAAUUGCCAUUAAUCGAACUUACGAGAUAAGAAAACCACUGAGUGGUAUAAGCAUAACGAGGGAAAUUCGCUUGGGAGAGAGGAUUGAAUUAUUCAGGUGGCCUGUCACGAUGGCUGUACUCAGCACACUUCUCGUUCUCUGCGUGGUUCUGCUGGUCGGAGUCGCGCGACACUCCAGAUGCGCCCUAAUAACAUUCUCAGUUUUUGGAUUAUUUGCUGUGAUAGUCUCAUGGCUGAUGGCAUCACUCUAUCUAGCAACCGCGGUUGCACUCGGUGAUUUAUGCAUUUCACCGGAUGGUUAUUUAACGAGAACAGUACCCUCUACACUUGCCGCUGAGGUACUCAAUUAUUACACACACUGCGAGAGCACGAGGAAUAAUCCAUUCACCCAGAGACUAAGGGAGGGACGACUUGCUGCUGGCAAUAUGAGGGCCAGUCUCAACAUCGUUCAGAACAUUGCUCUCAAUUUGUUCAAGGAUCAGAAGGCCAAUCUUUCGCCGAAGCUCAAUAGUCUCAAGAGUGAGGUCAAUAAUGUCGAUAACCUUAUGAAUGGAUUGACAACGCUUCUUGAUUGCAAACAAGUGCAUAAGAGUUAUGUUCAUGCUACUAAGAGUCUGUGUCAUUUGGGAUUGUAUGGACUGACUUUUAUGUUAUUGGCUAGUCUUGCUGCUGGACUCUUCUUCACUGUUCUUGUAUGGGUCGACUCGCACACGUGGAUCUACAUCAGGAAACGAAGGGAUUAUCAUCAGGUCGACGAGCAGGAUCCAUUCCUACCACCAUCAGCGGCAUCCCAGGCCAUCGCAGCUAGAACACUUCGUGGCCAAGGGUCGUACCCGCCUACAGCCCCUCCUCUUAAUCAGAAUGCUCAUGGCACGAAUAAUACAAUUAAGCAGCCUCUUCUGCUAACGCCGCCCCCGCCAUCCUACGCUACUGCGACAGCUCGAGCACGCCAGCUGCACGAGAGCAUGUUAAAAGGUGGGGGUGUUAACGGGAACAGUGGACUCGGAGAUCACAAAUCAUCUCAGCAUAAUCAGCAAUCUGCGAGUGGACGAAAUGAACACCGUUCUGGACACGGAGAUCAACCUGGUCAGUACGCAACUCUGAGCAAGCAGUGUAAAACACUUGAGUCGAGUGAUUUUUACUGAGGACACGCCCCCUCGGAGCCUGGAAGGGAACCGCCCUGGACUCCCAGUGUAGCAUCCUUCACGGGCACCAUGUCUCACAAUUCUCACGAACCCGCUCACCUAGCAACAUUUCAAGACUCCCGCAAAACUCAAACUCUUGAUCCAAAGAAUCUUGCCAACUUGAAGAGAGGACCAACACCAGCGUGGAAUCAGAAUCGUCCAUUGCCCCCAAAUCCAACAAACCAACACAGCCAGCCAACCUGGGAAUUUGAAUCACGAUCACAAACAAACAUGAAUCAAUUUCGCUCCCUAGUUCGCAACAAAGCGCCUAACAUAAGAAUUCAGGAUCAGAUGCAGGACCAGGUGAGAACACUCGACCGUAAUUUCUCAUGCAAUCAGUUCAACGGUACAGCCCAGAACAAUGUUGUACCGAACAUGUACGGUACGUACAAUCGAGCAAGAUCGAGACAGGAUAAAGCCUCUGCCAUACCUACACUCAGCCAAGUGCAGGGCAGUGAUCCAAAUCUGUACGCUGUCACGGAAUUGUAAGAGAAAUAACUGAGAGGAUUGGGCAAAGCCAGGUUCGAAUUGAUAAAUAGAUAGCCAAGAAAAAGUGAAACCAAAGUGAGUUAUGUGGAGGAUAAUCAAGACCUAAUAACGAGACUGAGACGAAGGCUAAUGAGGGGGCGAUUAAUCUGGCACAUGGUUAAUAAUGAUAAUUCAUCAAAGACAUGAUGAAUUUGAAAAUUCCAUGGGGAAAUUAUUGCACAGAAUCUCGCGUGCGGGGUCAACUGGAGCUCAGUGGAACCUUUUCGUUUUUAUAAUUCAAUGAUUUUUCUUUUUCCACAUCGAAGUGUACAAAAAUGAAAAAGCAUUUAAUGUGUAUAAAACAAGUUUUUUUACUCGAAUAUGAAAAUGAUAAAUGACAUUUGUCCUGGGGAGGAUAAAUCAAAUUUGUAGUCUAUGUACAAAACGAUAUUGGUGUAAUCGUACACCCCAAGUUUUUUCAUUACGAUUUAAUGUGAGAGGGAUACCAAAAGACACUUUUUUAUAUAAUAUAUACAUAUAUUUUACAUUUUACGCGCACUGCGCUAUUUGUAGUGAAAAACCAUUUUUUCUUAUUAUCAUUUUUCUCAAGUCUUCGAAAAUAUGGAACAAGAAAAAAGCACACAAAUUUUGUCGUCAUUGCCUAAGUAACGUAUAUCUAUUAUUACGAAUUUAAUCGGUAAAGCGGAGUUACCGAUUUAAUGUAUUUAUUGAAUGUCAACGAUCUGAGACCGGAGAUGCCCUAUUUCAAACGGCAGCGCGGAUAAUUUCCAUGGACUAUUGAAUAAUUGAAUUACAUGAAGUUUAACGAUAAUUACUGCCUAUUAUCGAUUAAUAAAAUAACUGCCACAGCUCAGGUGAUCGCAUUUAUGUAAGUACAAAUUGAUACCACAAUGACCCAUGAUUUUUCGAUUUGUUCACUAACGAAAAAUUUUGUGGCAAUUAAAUGUGAAAAUACCAGGAGCACAAGGGAAAGAUUCAUAUGAAUAUAACGUUAAAGAAUACAAGCCUUUUUAAUAUAUACAUAUAUAUGAAUAUAAAUGGUUUGACGCGAGAUCCAAAGAUAAAGAGAAUAUGUUGAGGUCAUUUGAAAAAUUCACUCAACGCACCGUGUUUUUUUUUCCCCCACAAAGAAACUCAAAUAAUUCAAUGGCGUUACCCCUUUGUAAAUACGUAGAGACAAAAGUGUUAGAUUAUCUUAGACGUGUAAUGUGUGAUAAUUUUAAUCAUUCAGUGUUCUUUCACGUAAAAAUGAAAAUAUGAGAGUCGUUAAUGGGCCUGAGAGGCUUGUUGGGACUCUCAGGCAGGAUGUAAUUACCUAAUUAGUAAUUAGUCCUCCCAAUCACGGUUUAGUCUCGUGAGGAAGGACUGACAGUGCCAUUCCACGAGCAUUUAUUUAAUUCCCUUCAUUUUCAUUAUUGAUCAUUCAUCAUAAUCCCUGUAUCAUUAAUUUCCCCAUUAAAGUAUUCUGUCAAGUUGUAAUUUAUGGAGUGUAAACUAAAGAUUUUGGAUUAUGGAACGGAAUAAAAUAGUUAAUAAUCCAUAAUCCAAAUAAUUGAUAAAGUGGCUCAAUACCUCUUUUUUUUGCGAAAUCUGUUCUCAUGAUAUUUACACUAUGCCAUUCACAACUUCUACUCCCAUUAAUUAAUUCAUUAACGAUGGAAAGAGAAUUAAAAAAUCUGUAUUUAGUGUCAAGAUAAAGUGCGUGCGACUCUUCGUGUAAUUGUUAAGAGGAGCUGGUAAAUAAUUAAAGUAUAAAAAGAAUUUACGUUCGACAGAUUAACUUCUAAAUUAACGUUAAGAAAUAGUGCAUUAAUUGCAGAGUGAAGGGAGGAAAAACCAUUAAUUAUACGAGAAAAAUAUCAUCCUGAAGACUGCCGUAAUGAAAUAUGCAAAACGGGAUCAAUAACAGUAUUCUGUCGAGGUUGAAUAUUUGGCUCGUGUUUUUUUUUCUCCUUUUUUUUUAUUUAUUUAAUGGAGAAUUUCAUACUGUUUAAAAUGCUCCUAUCGUCAUACAAAUAGUGUAACGCAAGAAUUUAAUGAGAAAUAAAAACGAAAAAGAGAAUGAAAAAAUAAAGAGAGAUAAAUAAAUCGAA